GGGAAGGGUUGGAGGAAGCACUGCUAACUCUGACCGAGGGCUUCGGAGAGACCGCCGGUGCGCCCGCUUCUACCCCGGCCAACCGGUGCUCCGCGCCCAGCCAUGGCCCGGGGGCGGGGCUCGGCCCUCAAUAGUGCUCAGAGGCAGCGCUCAGCGCCCAGGAGGUGUCAGCUCUGACCCAGCCUCUCAGGGACACUACCCGCAGCCUCAUCUCUCUUCUCGCCGGGCUUGGAAUCUGCCACAGGUGCCUAAAAGGUUGCGGGAACCUGUGCUUGGGGGAAGCUGGGGCUAUCAGCUGGCACAGUAGGAUGCCCCCGUGUCCUCCCCAGCCAAACAGAAACAGAUUACCACAGCUGCCUACUGGGGAGCUUGGAGAGAUGGAACUGACUUGGCAAGAGAUCAUGUCCAUUACUGAGCUGCAGGGUCUAAACGUUCCAAGUGAGCCAUCUUUUGAGCCUCAAGCACCCACCCCAUACCCUGGGCCACUGCCACCUCCAACAUACUGCCCCUGUUCAAUUCAUCCAGAUGCAGGCUUCACCCUUCCUCCACCACCUUAUGAGCUCCCAGCAUCCACUCCCCAUGCCCCAGACCUCCCAUACUCCUAUGGCAACAUAGCCAUACCCGUGUCAAAGCCACUUACCCUUUCAGGCCUGCUCAAUGAGCCCCUCCCAGACCCCUUAGCUCUCUUGGACAUUGGGCUGCCAGUGGGGCAACCCAAGCCCCAAGAAGAUCCAGAAUCUGACUCGGGAUUAUCCCUCAACUACAGCGAUGCAGAAUCUCUUGAGCUAGAAGGCGCAGAGGCUGGCAGGCGGAGGAGCGAGUAUGUGGACAUGUACCCGGUGGAGUACCCUUACUCACUUAUGCCCAACUCUUUGGCCCAUCCCAACUAUACUCUUCCGCCCACUGAAACACCCUUGGCCUUAGAGUCAUCCUCCGGUCCAGUGCGGGCUAAGCCUGCUGUCCGUGGGGAGGCAGGGAGUCGGGAUGAGCGGCGGGCCCUGGCCAUGAAGAUUCCUUUCCCUACGGACAAGAUAGUUAACUUGCCGGUAGAUGACUUUAAUGAGUUGUUGGCACAGUAUCCGCUAACGGAGAGCCAGCUGGCUCUAGUUCGGGACAUCCGUCGGCGGGGCAAGAACAAGGUGGCAGCCCAGAACUGUCGCAAGAGAAAACUGGAAACCAUUGUGCAGUUGGAGCGAGAGCUGGAGCGGCUGGGCAGUGAAAGGGAGAGGCUCCUCAGAGCCAGAGGGGAGGCUGACCGCACUCUGGAGGUCAUGCGCCAACAGCUGACAGAGCUGUACCAUGAUAUUUUCCAGCAUCUUCGGGAUGAAUCUGGCAACAGUUAUUCACCAGAGGAAUAUGUACUGCAACAGGCUGCUGAUGGGGCCAUCUUUCUGGUACCCCGUGGGACCAAAAUGGAGGCCACAGAUUGAGCUGGCCUAGAGGGGGUGGACACUGGUGCUAGGAACUCCCCUCAUUCCCUUCUGAUAAAGGUACUUCCCAAUCCCCAAUCAAGGCUGAGUUCUCCAGACCAAAAGACCAUUUGGAAGUUCAAAGAUGUAUUUGAGGUUUGCCUGGAGGCCAGGUGAGUGUUGGCUUCUCAGGUCCCCACCUCCACCUCUUGUCCAAGCUUUGGUCCAUAAAGAGCUGUGUGGAAAUAG